AUGGUUUCUUCGACAGUGUUGUGUCUAGUGUUGCUGCAGGCCGUUGGUGCUCUUGGGUUUCCGGCGACUCUGAAGCUGGAAAGAUCGUUUCCCACCAACCAUGGCGUUGAGUUGAAGCAACUCACGGAAAGAGAUGGUUUAAGACACCAUAGAAUACUACACAAGUAUGCUGAUCCAAAUGUGGUUGUUGGAUUUGAAGUAUAUGGAACCUAUGAUCCUUUUGAUGCUGGAUUCCUAUUACUAUCUAUGAUCCAGCAAACUCGUCAACAUCUUCUGCUAUCUUAUGCUAGGACGAAAGAUGUUCUCCAAAAUCCAACUCAUGUUCAGAUAACCAAUGCACCUACGAUCUCCACUAAGGGCUGUAGCACAUCCGAAACAGGACAGAUAAGUCAAACGGAAAGAACACUUGAUGAGAUUAUGGGAUUGGGCAGACAAAUUAUAUCCGUCAUUUCCCAAAUUUCAUCACAAGGGAUUGCACCAAAUUCCUUUGGACAUUGUCUAGCUGGUGGUGAUGGAGGUGGGAUUUUGGCCUUUGGCACACCAGUCAUGCCCGAUCUAGUCUUCACUCCACUUGUGAAGUCAAUGUAA